UGUCACUCAAUAAGUAUAAAAGACGAUGGAUUAGCUAUGGUUAUUAUUAUCAGAUUGAUAUUUCAGCAAUCAUGUUCUCUAAAAUCGCUGUUUUUUGCUUCGUUUUGGCUGUUGCCAACGCCAGCAUUUUGGCUCCAGUACACUUAAUCAACACUGGAGUAAGUUCUCGUUCUCAAGUGCAAGAUGGACAUGGAAACUAUGCUUUCGGAUAUGACAUCAAGGAUGGCAAAGGAGCCACCAACUCCAGAUCUGAAGUAGGAGAUGCUCAUGGAAACAAGAAGGGAUCAUACACUCUCGCUGACAUCGAUGGACGAGCAAGAAAGGUUGAAUACGUUGCCGAUGGACAUGGAUUCAGAGCUGUUGUCAAGACCAACGAACCUGGUACCGCUUACAGUGCACCAGCCGCUGCUGUCAUCGCCAGUCCAUACGCAGCUCCUGCUGAUAUUGCCCACGCUGCACCCAUCGCUCAUGUUGCACCCAUGAUGGGACAUGGUAUUGCCGCUCCAAUGCUUGCUGCCACUCCAGUAGCUUACGGAGGAGUUAUUGGACAUGCUGGUCUUGGACUCGGAUACGGAGCCGGUUUGGGCUAUGGAAGUGGUUUGGGAUUAGGCAUGGGAGUUGGAAUGAAGGGAUUGUGGGUUGCUUGUUUGUUGGCUGCUUUUGCUGUUGCCCAUGCCGGUAUCUUGGCCCAUGGAGGACACGGACAUCUUGUAAACACUGGUGUCAGCUCUCGUGCCCAAACCCAAGAUGGCUAUGGAAACUAUGCUUUUGGGUAUGAUAUCAAGGAUGGACUUGGUGCAACCAACUCCAGAUCUGAAGUAGGAGAUGGCCAUGGCAACAAGAAAGGUUCAUACACCAUCACCGACAUCGAUGGACGAGCAAGAAAGGUUGAAUACGUUGCUGAUGGACAUGGAUUCAGAGCUGUUGUCAAGACCAAUGAACCUGGAACUGCAGCCAGCGCUCCAGCUGCCGCUGUCAUUGCCAGCCCAUAUGCUGCCCCUGUUGCUCCAGUAGUUAGCCACGUAGCCCCUGCCGCAGCUGUUGUAGGACAUGCUGCAGUAGCUGCACCAUGGGGAUACGCUGCUCCUUUGGCUCAUGCUGCUGCCGCCCCCUUGGCUUAUGGAGUUGCUGCCCCAUACGCUGUUGCAGGACAUGGCCACUAUGGAUAUGGACAUGGACUUGGACAUGGACAUUGGUGAUUUCUACCAAAUUAUUUAAUGACAUGAAGCUGUGAUCCAAAUAUACCUUUCAUUUCGAUGAUCAAAAAAAAGCAAAUUACCAAAUUCUCUACAUAAUUUCUGAAAGCCUUCUUUUAUAUGUUAGUGUACCAAAUGUGCUGCCUUGCUACGACAAAAUUGAACCAAAAAUUGGUAGGAGUGGUGGAGUUUCUUUAAAUAUUAUAUUGAAUUAAGAUGCUGUAUGCUUUAAAGGUUUCGUUGGUUCUUAUUUAUUUGUAAUGUGCCGUUCAUAGAUGUAAAUAAAAGUUUAUUUUAAUAAUA